UCCUCCGUGUUAAUGAGAGUAUGAAUUCUAAAGGAAGACAAUGCAAACGGUAAAGUAGAAAGCAAGCGAGUAAGAGAAAGUCAUCUGUGUGUUUUUGAGAGUGGUCUUUGCGUGUGUCACUGUGUGUUAAUGGCGGAGAAUAGUAGAGUGUGUGUAACAGGGGCUGGAGGGUACGUGGCUUCGUGGCUGGUGAAGCUUCUCCUGUCCAAGAACUAUACUAUUUACGGAACUGUCAGAGAUCCAAGUGCUGACAAGUAUUCUCAUUUGAAGAAACUUCAGAAAGCAUCUGAGAACUUGAAACUCAUCAAGGCGGACCUGCUUGAUUACAACUCUCUUUCUGCGGCCUUCACAGAUUGCAGUGGAGUGUUUCAUGUUGCCAGUCCGGUUCCUGCUGGCAGUGUGCCAAAUCCUGAGGAAGAAUUGAUCGAGCCUGCUGUUAAGGGCACACUUAAUGUACUCAAGGCAUGUUCCGAAGCAAAUGUCAAGCGAGUUGUGGUUGUGUCCUCGGGAGCUGCUGUUUCCUUGAACCCUAGCUGGCCCAAGGGUAAAGUGAAGGAUGAGACUUGUUGGUCUGAUAAAGAGUACUGCAGAACUACUAAUAACUGGUAUUGUCUUUCCAAAACAGCAGCAGAAACUGAGGCUUUUGAAUUUGCUAAAAGAAGUGGACUUGAUGUUGUAACAGUAUGUCCAACCCUCGUGUUGGGGCCGUUGCUGCAGUCCACAACAAAUGCUAGCAGUCUGGUUCUCCUUAAGCUCUUGAAAGAAGGAUACAAGGAAAUGGAAAACAAGCUUAGGAUGAUAGUAGAUGUACGUGAUGUUGCUGAAGCGUUGUUAUUGGCAUAUGAGAAGCCUGAAGCUGAAGGAAGAUACAUAUGUACAGCACAUAUUAUUAAGAUGCAGAAUUUGGUGGAAAUUCUAAAGAGGAUCUAUCCUAACUACAAUUAUCCUACGAGUUUUACUGAGGCAAAGGAAGAAGAAGGGCUGAGUUCUGAAAAAUUACAGAGGAUGGGUUGGAGUUAUAGACCAUUGGAAGAAACUCUAAUUGAUUCUAUUGUAUGCUACAGACAGGGUGGACUUGUGGAUUAGAAACACUGGGCAUUUUGUUAUAGUGUAUUUGCAGGCUGGGUUCCAUCACGUUAUAACUGAAGCUGAAGCUUCUUCAUGGUCACGGUCUUUCUGUUACAGGUAAUAUCUUUAUGUGUCUUAUCAAUUUGUAUUGUGUGGUUGAAGAGACUGCUCUUGAAUGUUUUAUAUGGGUUUUCGUAUGAUGAAAUGGAAAGAUAAAGAAGUGUAACUUGUUUUGUCGGUGUC